AUGUGGGAAGGUAACUCAGUUAACAAUCCUAUUGUCCCAGGUACUAUCCUCACCAAGUUUGGAGUAGGGGAGGAGGUUGACUCAACCACAUAUAAAAGGUUAAUUGGAAGCUUGAUGUAUUUGACAGUAACACGACCUGAUGUGAUGUAUGUGGUUAGUUUGUUGUCGAGGUUUAUUGCAAACCCAAGAAAGGAACACAUGAUGGCUGCAAAACGAGUUCUAAGGUACCUAAAAGGCACAUAUAAUUAUGGAUUAAUAUAUGAAAGGCAUUCUGUUAACAAACUCGCAGCAUACACGAACAAUGAUUAUGCAAGGGAUGUUGAAGAUCAGCGAUGUACUUCGGGAUAUAUAUGCAUGUUCAGCAAGGCUGCAAUAUGCUGGAGUUCAUGUAAACAAGAAAUUGUUACUUUAUCUUCGACGGAGGCGGAGUAUGUGGUUGCCACUUCUUGUGCGUGUCAUUGUGUUUGGCUGAAGGGUCUGCUGGAAGAUUUGGGAGAAAAGAUAAGUGGACCUUUGGAAGUAUUAUGCGACAACAGUUCAAGUAUCAAGCUGUCAAAGAACCCAGUAAUGCAUCGAAGAACAAAGCAUAUUGAUGUUCGUUUCCACUACUUAAGAGAUCUGGUGAAUCAGGAUGUUGUGAAGCUUAAAUUUUGUAAGACUGAAGAUCAACUAGCUGAUGUUAUGACCAAACCUAUAAAGCUUGCUACUUUUGUUCAAAUGAGAGAAUGGAUGGGAGUUCAAGAGAUUAAACCAGAAGAAUGA